GAGGUCAGGCUUCGUCUUCCUCCAACGCUCGCUUGAGGGAGGAUGGUGGUUUCUCCGGGGCUGCUCUCAAAUGUUUCAGGCUUAAUCCGAUUGGCUCCGUCACACCGGAUUCAAAGACGCGAUGGGUUCGGACCCAGUUGCUUCAAGUUUUCUGGGGAUCCUAGUAUCAAUGGGAGAGUCAGUCAUAAACAUGUGCGUGGCUAUGGCACGGUGGUAUCUGUAGGUCAAAGUUGGAGCUCUCAUAAUAAUAAUAAGCUACCCGAAGAAGAGCCCUUAUGGCUCAGCCUUCUUAGAGACAUCGUCUGGAGCACGAGAUCUCUCUUGUCUUUCAUGGUUGAGCAACCGAGUCAGCUGAAAUACAUAGAGUGGCCAAGUUUUACAAGCACGCUCAAGACUGCGACACUGAGUCUGUGUCUGGUAGCCGUCUUCAUUGUUGGGCUAUCGUCGGUGGACGCUGCUCUUUGUUACAUAUUGGCGUUGAUCUUGAGGAAAGCUCCAUGAGGAAGGAAGGCAACUCCAUUAUCAUGAGUCUCUUGGAGAUGUUGUAGCCUUGAUAUAGGUUAAAUGUUUUUGAUGUAGAAAGAAUGCAGGAGGAUGUACUGAAAUCAAUGUUUUUAAAACUC